AUGGACACAUUCGACACUUGCAGCUCAACCAACUCCAUUGCAUUUGCAACCGUCGGACCCGUGAGUCUCACUCUCAACUCCACCGCUCCGAAUUACUACACGUGCGCAUUCGGACAACAUUGUUCCUUAGGUCAAAAGUUGUCCAUCUAUGUCUUACUGACCUCUUCCACCCCCACCACCCGCACUCCAUCUCCGGCACCGUUAGUGGCCCCCACCCCCACCCCUACCCCAACCACCACCACCACACCCUCUCCAUCGCGACACCACCGCCACUCUCCUCCACCAUCAUCGGCUCCUUCACCGUCAUUGAUGGGUGAAAUUGUUACUAUCACCACCCAUUUGUCGUUCUUGCAUUGGUCCUUCUCAGCUUCGUGA